CCCUUCCACUCUCCCCCGCAUAGUCAAUAUCGCUAUAUAAAGGCAGCAUGCUCACGAAACGCGCAGGACCUACUCGAAUCGCUUGCCGCUGGUUUUGUUUGUAACUCUCAACGUGGUGUGCGUGCGCACACAUUACCGAGAUGGCCAUGUCAUCCAAGGUGCUGGCCUUCUUAGUCGUUCUCCUGCCCAUCAUUCAGGUGUGCAUUGCUGACGAUAUCAGUUUGCGAGGCCCUCGCCUGACGGAACAGCGAUCGGCCGGGCAAGGAUCGUGCGCAUCGGCGACAGCUGACCUCUGCGUGCACGGCGACUGGGGUCGCAAGUGCCCGAAUGGAUGCCGAAUGCAAGGCCUGAUGAGCCACGCAGAGAAGGACAUUGGGAAGCGCAUCGGGGACCUCACGGAGAGGCUCGCGCGGUUGGGACGCCUGUACACGCAGGUUCACACAGACUUCCGCGCCGUGAGCGACACCUCCGGACAAACGCUGAACGAGCACAACGAACUUGAGGUACGCUACUCGGAGGUGCUCCGGGAACUGGAGAGAAGAAUCAUUCAUCUGCAGAGGCGCAUCAACAUGCAGCUUCAACAACUUACCCUGUUGCAGCACAACAUCAAGACCCAAGUUUCACAGAUCCUUCGAGUGGAGCUGGACAUAGACGUUGCCCUGCGCACGUGUAAGGGAUCAUGCGCGCGGUAUUUGGAGUAUCGCUUGGACAAGGAGAAAAACCUUCAGCUGGAGAAGGCCGCCAGCUACAUUGCCAACCUCAAAUUUGAACGCUUCGAGGAAGUUGUGGUGGAAGAGACGCUCAACAGGAGGGUUGAAACAUCAAGCCACGCAUUCCAGCCAACUCACGGCCAAGGCACGCCGCAGCCUGGGCACGGGACACACUCUUUAUCAGCAACGUCGUCGAUUACGAGCGCACCAAACUUUGUUCCUCACAGGCAACCUACGUACGUGGACCACGGUCGGCUUAGCAAUCCAAACGAAGUGGCCCACUCGGCUUCCUCCUCCUCCACACACACGUCGUCCUCAUCAUCCCCUUCACAGCCGGUGUCGCCCGAUUCAGCGUUUCCACUUCCUGGAUCCAACACUGGCACCAGCGAAUGGGACUUCAAUUUCCACGAUGAAAGCACACCGGGGAACGGUCCACGUGACGAAGCUGCUGCCUCGUCGAGCGCCCACAGUCCCAGCACUGCUUCCCACCACACAGCCACCUCCACCACCUCGUUCUCCUCUGGCACGAGUGGAAAGGAUGUGGCGCCAUUGGGCACCGGGGUUACUCAUGAUGGUGGGGUUCGCACUAGUGGGAGCCUGAUGGACGGAGGUUCAUCUGACACGGGUACAGGCGGGGUCUCCAAAACCACGACCUUCACGGGCAGUGCACAGGGCGGUAGCUGGAGUACAGGUGGAAGUACAGCGACUAACACGGGCAGUGCACAGGGCGGUAGCUGGAGUACAGGUGGAAGAACAGAACCCAACACGGGCAGUGCGCAGGGCGGUAGCUGGAGUACAGGUGGAAGUACAGAACCCAACACGGGCAGUGCGCAGGGCGGUAGCUGGAGUACAGGUGGAAGAACAGAACCCAACACGGGCAGUGCGCAGGGCGGUAGCUGGAGUACAGGUGGAAGUACAUCGACCAACACGGGCAGUGCGCAGGGCGGUAGCUGGAGUACAGGUGGAAGAACAGAACCCAACACGGGCAGUGCGCAGGGCGGUAGCUGGAGUACAGGUGGAAGAACAGAACCCAACACGGGCAGUGCACAGGGCGGUAGUUGGAGUACAGGUGGAAGAACAGAACCCAACACGGGCAGUGCGCAGGGCGGUAGCUGGAGUACAGGUGGAAGAACAGAACCCAACACGGGCAGUGCGCAGGGCGGUAGCUGGGAGUACAGGUGGAAGAACAGAGACCCAACACGGGCAGUGCACAGGGCGGUAGGCUGGAGUACAGGUGGAAGAACAGAACCCAACACGGGCAGUGCACAGGGCGGUAGCUGGAGUACAGGUGGAAGUACAGCGACCAACACGGGCAGUGCACAGGGCGGUGGCUGGGGUACAGGUGGAAGAACAGAACCCAACACGGGCAGUGCACAGGGUGGUAGCUGGGGUACAGGUGGAAGUACAGCGACCAACACGGGCAGUGCACAGGGCGGUGGCGGUUACGCCGCCGGAGGAACGGGUGCGCAAACGGGGAGUGGGAGCACAAGCACACACAGUGCUCACAGUGCUAGUGGCGGCAUGAGCAGCCUAGAUAUGCUCCCAGCCCUUCCAGACUUUGGCACGUGGGAUAUGCCGGAUCACUCAGACAUAUUCAGUAGGCGCCGUGUGUCCACAUCCUCCACGACAUCAUCCAGCAGUGGCGGUGGCCACGCCGGUGCUGCUGCUGGUGGUGGUGGUGAUGGAGCAAGUAGGUUUGGCAGUUUAUUCACAACUGAUUUCGGGCCUGAAUUCCACGAAGAGUUCCGAAGCAUGUUGCCUGGGGCCAGCAGGUUAUCAUCUUCGUCGUCGUCGUCCACAAGAAGUACGUCAUCCACAUCAGGAGGAAAGGUCGUCACCGAGUCGGUGGUCACCAAAGUUCUGAGCAACGGCACGACCAUCACGCACCACACCAAGCACGUGUCCACGUCCGACGGGACGGGCGCCGCCAGCGACGGCGUGUCCCCGCUGCUCACGGGGAGAAAGACCAGGGCAGCACGGAGUCGAAGAGCCAAGGCUACACGACCCUGACAUGAUCAUCGCUUCCAUCCCGAUUACUUCUGCCAUCCAACUGUGAUCAACUGCAAAGGCUUCGUUGUCCGUGGCUUCCUAAAUUAAAACACAAUUGAAAAGUAUACUUUACUAAGCUACUUGCUUUAUACGGUUAACAAUUCUGCAAUCUAAAUUAAUGCAAAAAAAUGUUAUUCGAAAACAGCACGCGAAAACACGUUGUGAAAUGUGACCUGUUGAAAACGUGGCACGACUAGAGAAGAACACUUUGGUAAUCUUGUGCAGGCAAUCACAAAAUCUGAAAAUUGCACCUUGUCUCGCGAUGCAUUGAGGCAGUGGUGGUUGUGAGAAUGCGUUCCUCACAUCCGUGCAGCCCAAUGUGACUGCACGCAACACAAUAACACCUGGUGCGUUACGUGUGACAUGUUGGAGAAGUGAAGGUUGUAUUUUCUUGUAAUGCCUAUUUCGAGGAAUGUUAUCUGUGUUGCACCGACUGAAUAAGAGACGUGUUUUGAAGAAGUACACUAAAGCAGAUGGAUUAAUAAUAAGCUUUGCAGUCUCCCAGAAAUAAUGGAAACAUUAAAAAAUAUAUAUUUCAUCAGCAGUCGACUGUCUACUGUUCGCUGGCUGUGAAUCCAAUAAAGAAAAUUUCCCGCA